AUGACCGACAACCGGGGUAUCGAUGUUAACCUCUUCUACCUCUCUGUUCAAAACGCGACGGACCUUGUCAUCGUCCAGGCCGCCCUUGAGUGCUCGCUUGGGGCAGCUACUUGUAGUACCGUCUCCAACCAAGUAAUCAGCAGCUCAUUCGCAAACGGGAUCAGCCCAGCGUCUGGGCUGUCAGCAGUCCUUCUGAACAACGAGCCUUCUAGAUUUCGAGUGUAUUUCCAAGCCGCGAAGGGCCUUAUUUGGACAAUGGUCGGGGACGAUCCGUCCGAACACGGCUGGUCGCCGCACCAGAUCGCUGGUCCAGCCGCUGAUGGAUCCAGCAUAGCCGCUUCCCUUGGAGACAAAGACGGCGCCAUUAUGGUGGCAUUUGUCUUUAAUGACAAUGGGAUGCUGCGAGCGGUGGAGUAUACGGACUCGAUCGGAGGUGGAGGCGGACAGGAUGUCUACGGCAGGGCGGGUUCCGGAUUCGUGAAAACAUCGAGGUUUGCGGCGUGUUUUGGCGCGACAACCGACACUUACCACAUAUACUAUGUCGGACGUACGACGGGCGACAUUGUCGGUUACUUUCGUACAGGAGCAAAAGCCGACUGGACACCGAAUCAAGACAAGGCCUGGGGGACCGCUGAUGGCGGGAUAGCUUCCGUGGCAUGGGAUAAUCAGGUGAGGAUGCUGUACAUGAGCGGUGGUAAACUGGCUAUGAGCGCGCAGGAUAAUACCACCUGGUCGAAGAUGGAUUAUCUAUAA